AUGGGGACGGAAGAUACAGUGCCGGAAAUGCAGAAUGGUGUGUUAGAGAAACAGGCCGCUAAUGCCGUCGCCGGCUUGCGCGCGUACGUAACUUUCCUCGCGGGGGACGGCGACUACGUGAAGGGGGUAUUGUGCCUCGCCAAGGGCCUCCGGAGGGUGCACUCCGCCUACCCGCUGGUGGUCGCCGUCUUGCCCGACGUGCCGGAGGAUCACCGCCGACAGCUCCGGGAGCAAGGCUGCACGGUAAGGGAGAUCGAGCCGGUUUACCCCCCAGGGAAUGGGACCCAGUUCGCGAGGCCUAACUACGUAGUUAACUACUCGAAGAUACGAAUUUGGCAGUUCGAGGAGUACGGGAAGAUGGUGUUUCUGGAUGCGGACGUCCAGGCUUACGAGAACAUCGACGACCUCUUCGAACUUCCGGACGGCCAUGUUUACGCCGUAAUGGAUUGCACCUGCGAAUGGCCGGCAGGACCCCAGCACCCUGCUGGCUACUGCCAGUAUAGCCCGAGCAAGGUGCCGUGGCCGCCGGAGAUGGGUGGUCCUCCUCCACUCUACUUCAACGCCGGCGUCUUCGUCUUCGAGCCCAGCAAGUUCACCUGCGCCAGCCUUAUCCAGACAAUCGAGGUCGCCCCUGUCACCCAUCUCGCAGAGCAGGAUUUGCUGAACAUGUAUUUUAAGGACGUUUACAAGCCAAUCCCCCUGGCUUACAACUUCAUGGUCGGUGUCUUGUGGCAUCAUCCCGAGCUGGUGGAGGGUGUUAAGGCCAAGGUGGUUCACUACUGUGCACCGGGAUCCAAACCGUGGAACUUUUCAGAAAAGGAGAGGAACAUGGAUAGGGAAGACAUGAAGAUGCUUGUGGAGAAAUGGUGGGAGGUCAAUAAUGAGGAGGCCGAAGGGUUGCAGAAGGGUGUGGGUAAUAUAGGGCAGAAAAGUGAUGUUGUAUUUUAUGUUUAUAACAAAGAUUGCGCAGACAGAUUGAUCGGACCAACCACGUUGAAGGUCCACAUUGAGAAUGGCUAUGGUGAGCUGACUGAAUGA